AACUCUUUUCUCAUCGCUUCACUUCACACACUCUCUGUAAGAACUUGUCUCUCUAAUGUAGAAGCAGUAAACUCUUCUUCUACUUCCUCUGCAACUCUCUCUCAAAACCCAAACUCAAAAAAUCAUCCCUCGUCUUCAUCAUCAUCAAUGGGUGGAUGUACAGCAUCAAAACUAGACAAUGAAGACACAGUCCGUCGCUGCAAAGAACGAAAAAGAUUAAUCAAAGACGCAGUUAAUGCAAGACAUCAUUUAUCAGCUGCCCACUCUGAUUAUCUCCGUUCACUCCGAUUAACCGGCUCCGCUUUACUUGAAUUUGCUUCCGGUGAACCACUUUCCGUUUCUAAUCAAACCCCAACUGUGUUUCUCCACACUAAAAACCCCACUUCAUUUACUCAUAAAGAUCCCCCUCCUCCGUUCAACCCUAAUUUGACAAGAACACAGUCUUCAAUCUCUUACCAGAACUCUGAUUUUGUGACUCAGACACCGAAAUUAACGAAAACCCAUUCUUCGCCGUUGAAGGGGUACUCUUAUUUUGAAGAGAACGAUGAGUCUUCUUCACCGACGAUUACUAGGUCUAAAGUACCUCAUAUUUUGUCUGAAUCAAGCCCUAAUUUUACACCUAAUGGUAUGAAGAAGAAGGUUAUUAAGAAGAAAUCUCAAUUUGGGGUUGAAUCGAAUUACUCAGAGACUCAAUCACAAGCUUCUUCAGUGUGGAAUUGGGAGAAUUUCUAUCCACCUUCACCUCCUGGUUCUGAUUUCUUCAGAAAGAAUUCUCAUCUUGAGGAGGAGGAGGAUAAUCAAUCGAAAAUGUCAAGUAGUGUUUAUUCAAAGCAGCAGCAGCAGCAACAUCAUCAUCUGAAGGAGGAGUUGGAGGAAGAAGAAAGGGAGGAAGUGCAGUGUAGUGAAUGGGGAGAUCAUUACAGUACAACAAGUUCAGAUACUGAUGAUGAGAACGAUGACGACGAUGAAGAAGAUUUAGAAUCAAGAUCUGAAAUGGGUUCUAGAUCAAAUUUUGGUUCAUCUGUUCAUAAUGGUGUAGGGAAUAAAUCAAUGGGGCAUGCUCAAUUUGAUCAGAAAUCUGAUUUUGAUGCUGGAUCUUCUGUUAGUUGGAAUAUGGGGAAUAAGUCUGUUCAUAAUCAUGGCGGCGGUGGCGGUGGGGGUGGUGGUGGUGAGAUAGCAGAUAUGAAAUUGGUGGUUAGACAUAAAGAUCUUGCUGAAAUUGCUGCUUGUAUCAAAGAGUAUUUUGAGAAAGCUGCUGUUGCUGGUGAGCCUGUCUCAGAUCUGCUUGAAAUUAGUCGUGCCCAGCUCGACCGGAGUUUCCGCCAAUUGAAGAAAACUGUGUAUCAUUCAAAUAGUCUUUUGACAAAUUUGAGUUCAAGCUGGACUUCGAAACCUCCAUUGGAGAUUAAGUAUCGACUGGAUACUGGCGCUCUCGUGGAGCAAGGUCCAAAGAGUCACUUCUCAACAUUGGAGCAACUCUUGGCUUGGGAGAAGAAGCUAUACCAGGAAGUUAAGGCUCGUGAAGGGGCAAAUAUUGAGCAUGAGAAGAAGCUAUCGACGUUGCAAUCUUUGGAAUACAGGGGAGGUGGAGAAGCUAAAUUGGACAAGACAAAGGCAUCCAUAAAAAAGCUGCAGUCUAUGAUUUUGGUAACAUCACAGUCUGUGUCCACUACUUCAUCAGCUAUCGUCCAAGUUAGGGACACUGAGCUCACUCCUCAACUUGUUGAGAUAUGCCACGGGUUAAUGUACAUGUGGAGGUCAAUGAAUCAUUAUCAUGAACUCCAGAAUAACAUUGUUCAACAAGUACGCGGCCUCAUAAACAGAGCAGACAAAGGAGAGUCGACCACUGAGCUGCACCGACAAGCAACCCGUCAUCUUGAAUCAGCCGUCUCCUCUUGGCACUCUAGCUUUUGCCGCCUCAUAAAAUACCAACGUGAUUACAUUCAGUCCCUUCACAGUUGGAUCAAGCUCAGCCUUCAGCCCAUCAAGGACAUCACCACCACUGAACCUACCACAAACCCUGCUAAUCUCUUUGCAUUCCUCGACGAAUGGAAACAAGCCCUAGAUCGACUCCCUGACACAGUUGCCUCUGAGUCCAUAAAGAGUUUCGUCAACGUGGUCCACGUGAUUACAACAAAACAGACAGAAGAACUCAAAGUCAAAAAGCGGGGAGAGAUAGCUGUAAAGGAGCUUGAAAAGAAGGCUUCGUCCCUUCGAACCAUCGAAAAGAAAUUCUACCAAUCUUAUUCCAUGGUCGGGAUUGCAAUGCCGGAUAGUGGAAGACAAUCGGAUGGCGGACCCCAAGUUUUUGACGCACGAGACCCACUUUCAGAGAAGAAGAUGGACCUUGCAGCGUGUCAAAGAAAAGUAGAAGACGAAAUGACAAAAUAUGCCAAGGCAGUCGAGGUAACACGAGCAAUGACACUGAACAACAUACAAACAGGUCUGCCAGGCGUGUUCCAGUCCAUGACAAUGUUCUCCAGCUUGUUCAACGAAACACUUCAAGGUGUGUGCACUCGUUCUUACUCCAUCAGUAGAUAAUAUUUUUGUUUUUGUUGCGGUAAAAAUAGAUAGAGAUUUUUUGUUUUUUGUUUCUUUGAGUUUUUCUUUCUGUUUUGUCGGGGUUGGUGGGGUUUGUAUGUGUAGAUAUAAAAUUAUCAUCAUCAUCAUCUUCUUGGUGAUGGAAAAGAGAAGAUAUGAUCAAGAGAAUGUGGCUGUGUACAGAAAAAAAAUUUCUUUAAAUGUUGGUUGUAACAGAAAUUUGGUUGCAAGUGAAAUAAAUGUAUAAUGUCAUUCUAUUUUUGUCC